AUGCAAUCCAUUAUCAAAUUGCUGCAGAUUUUCGGCUUUUGGACCCAACCCUACCAGGGUCACAACUUGAGAAAACCCCUGUUCCACAUGUCAAUGUACAUUAUUUGGCUGCUGGGACCGGGAAUCAUCCACAUCGUUCGACAACGGUCCAACUUUGCGAGCAUCACCAGAGCCGCAAUCGAGUCGAUCGGAUUCAUCAAUGGGAUUCUUCUGUCAACGAAUAUGAUCAUCCAUCGAUCACUCCUGGAACGGACAUACGGCGCUGUACGUUCUGUCAUGCAAUCAAUUGCAAGCGAUUUAAGCAAAGAUGUACAAUCGACGGUUAAACUUUUGGAAACAUCCACCGACCUUUUCUUCAAAAUAUAUAUUGGAUUUCAAGCGAUAGUGGGUAUUGCUUAUACUUUAUCCAAUCCGGUUUUAACCUUAAUCGACUAUCUACAAAUUGGGGUCUUACCUCCAUUACAAGGGAUCUUCGAGGCAGACUUCCUUUUCUUUGAGUUUUCAUCCACGGUGUGGUUAUGGUUGCUACUCAUCGUUAUCUGUGGCUUGACCAUAUUCGAUUUGAUAAUAGUGCUCGUUUCAGUCAAUAGUCUAAACUGGAGUUUAAUACACCAUGUGACUGGUUUGUUCAAGUUGGUGUGCAUCAAAAUUAGCCGUCUGGACGAACUCUCUGACGAGCGUGCAAGGCAUAAGGAACUAGUCGACAUAGUUCGACUGCAGGAGAUUACGUAUAGGAGUGCACGUGCUAUGGAAGAAGCACUCAACGUAUAUUUGCUAAUUCAAUUUAGCACGUGCGUCAUUGCUAUUUGCAUGACAAUGAUAACCCUCACCAUGGCACGUGACGAUCGGGAUUUGUUGAUCAAAAUGAGCCUCAUGUUGGCAUUUGUUCUCUUUCACAUAUUCGUAUACUCAAUGCUGGGAACAGAGCUCAUGUUUGCUAGCACAUCGGUGGCGGACGCUGUAUACUGCACGAACUGGUACCAAUGGUCAGUUUCCGAGCAACGCAAUAUACUUUUUAUGCUGAGAAGAUCGCAACUCAUGACAUCACUUACCACUGGGAAGUUUUUCGAGCUCAGUCGAUCCACGUUCGGAAUGACUCUACAAGCAGCGAUGUCACACUUUACGGUGGUAAGACAAAUUUACGAUUCACAAUAA